GCCUUCUAAGCGAAGCAUACCAGUUCUCAGAUACAUAUUUAAAUUCGAAACUAAAAGAGUCCAUUAAAAUGUUACAUUCACUAUUUAAAACGAUAUUGGUGUCCUUCUUGAUAUUUAAUAAUGCAAUUUGGGCAUUGGAAAAUGGUUUAGCUCGUACCCCACCCAUGGGCUGGAUGCACUGGGAGAGAUUUCGUUGCAUAACAGAUUGUAAAAGAUUUCCAGAUGAAUGUAUAAGUGAAAAUCUUUUCAAACGUACCACCGAUCUGCUGGUCGAUGAGGGCUAUUUAGCGGCCGGCUAUGAAUAUGUCAUUAUCGAUGACUGUUGGUUGGAGAAGGAAAGAGAUAAUGUCACCAACAAACUUGUAGAAGAUCGUUAUAGGUUCCCUAGUGGCCUCAAUCACUUGGCCGAUUAUAUCCACAAUAAAGGUGUUAAGUUCGGUUUAUAUCAAGAUUAUGGCACAAAUACCUGUGCUGGCUAUCCGGGUGUUAUAAAACAUAUGGCUUUGGAUGCCCAAUCUUUUGCUGAAUGGGAUGUAGAUUAUGUGAAACUGGAUGGUUGUUAUGCGGAUAUCAAUGAAAUGGAUCAGGGUUAUCCAGAGUUUGGUAGACUCUUAAAUCGUACGGGUAGACCCAUGAUAUACUCAUGCAGUUGGCCAGUGUAUCAGGAAUAUGAGGGGAAAUUGCCCAACUAUGAGGCUUUGAAGGAACAUUGCAAUUUGUGGCGUAACUGGAAUGAUAUUGAUGAUUCUUUUGAAUCGGUGGCCCAGAUUAUGGAUUACUUUUCGAAAAAUCAAGAUAGAAUACAGCCACAUGCUGGUCCCGGUCACUGGAAUGAUCCAGACAUGUUAAUUUUGGGCAACUAUGGUUUAUCAUAUGAUCAAAGCAAAUUACAAAUGGCGGUUUGGUCUAUAUUGGCAGCUCCUUUAAUUAUGUCAAAUGAUUUGGCUGCCGUAAGACCAGAGAUCAAAGAGAUUUUACAAAAUAAAUAUGUUAUCGCUGUCGACCAAGAUCCUUUGGGCAUUCAGGGUCGCCGCAUAUUGUUGAGAAACAAAAUCGAGGUUUGGUCACGCCCCAUUACCCCCGUUGCUGCCAAUAAUCAAUACUCUUAUGCUGUGGCUUUUGUCAGUCGUCGUGCUGAUGGUGCUCCCUACCCCACUAAAUUUAAAUUAAGUGAUUUAAAUUUAAACAAUAAACUUGGCUACUCAGUUACGGAUCUUUAUGAUAACAACAAAAAUGUGGGAACCUAUAAGCCAGGACAUAUUUUCCAAACUCGUGUUAUACCCAAUGGUGUGACCUUCUACAAAUUCACUGCUUUAAAUUAAAGGAUCCAUCGGCUAUAUAUUUACAUGAUUACUGUAGUUUUAUGUCUUAAAUAUUAUAAUUAAUAAAUUGUCUAAAUAAAUAAAUAUAUUUACAUA